AUGCAGCUGCAGGAUACAAAUGAAAAAUCAAAUAGUACACAAGAUGGACUUGGAAAACAUGGUCGGCCUGAUUUUGGUAAGGGCAUCGACUUAAACAUUUCUUUAAACGUUGAUUGUAAUGACAAUGUUCAAUUAAUUCAUUCUAGAAUGCCUGAAGACAUUAUUCCACUGCUUGGAAUGGAGUUUGAAACAGAAGAAGAGGCUUACAAUUUCUAUAACAACUAUGCAUUCAAUUAUGGUUUUAGUGUGAGAAAAAGCAAGGCACAUCUUUAUAGUGAUGGCAAAGUGAGAGAUAGAAUUUUGGUUUGUUCUGUUGAAGGUAAACGGGGAACAGAUAGACGUGAUGCUUGUAUAAAAACCCAUCGUGCUGAGACAAGAUUUGGGUGUCUAGCCAAGAUGAAAAUUAGUAAUUAUUCUAAUGGUGGUAAGUAUCGUGUCAUCGAAUUUGUUCCAGGUCAUACACAUGUAACAUCAGGUCCUUCUAUGACCCAUUUGUUUAGAUCUCACAGAAAAAUUACUACUGCAAGCAUAGCCCAAGCAGAAAUGGCUGAUAUGUCAGGCAUCAAUCCUAAAGAAACUUUAGAAUUUUUGAGCAGACAAGCUGGUGGCCACCAAAAUCUUGGUUUUACUCAUGUUGAUUAUAAAAACUAUCUGCGAUCAAAGAGAACAAGGGAAAUGCAGUCAGGGGAUACCGGUGGUGUUCUUGAGUAUCUACAAAAGAUGCAGUUGAACGAUCCAAACUUUUACCAUGCAAUUCAGGUAGAUAUAGAUGAUUUAAUAAUAAACAUAUUCUGGGCCGAUGCAAAAAUGAUGGUGGACUAUGAUUAUUUCGGUGAUGUGAUGUGUUUCGAUACUACAUAUAGAAAAAACAAAGAAGGGUGA